UUUUUCAAUCAAAUCACAGGCCUGUACACAGUUGGGAGGCCACUGCAUUGCAAGUACAUCUCAGUUGUAUUUCUUUGACUUCCACAGGGCCUCCAGCAAGCCUCUUCCAGCCGCCCCGUCGCCCCGGCCUGGGAACUGUUGGGAAACCCAUCCGCCUCUUAGCCAAUCAUUUUCAGGUUCAGAUCCCUAAAAUUGACGUUUAUCAUUAUGAUGUGGAUAUCAAACCGGAAAAGCGGCCCCGAAGAGUAAACAGAGAGGUAGUGGAUACUAUGGUGAGACACUUCAAGAUGCAGAUAUUUGGUGAUCGGCAGCCUGGAUACGAUGGAAAAAGGAAUAUGUAUACUGCACACCCAUUGCCAAUUGGGCGGGACAGGGUGGAUAUGGAGGUCACGCUUCCAGGUGAGGGGAAGGAUCAGACAUUUAAAGUGUCCAUCCAGUGGGUGUCAGUGGUCAGCCUUCAGCUGCUUUUGGAAGCUCUAGCUGGACAUUUGAAUGAAGUUCCCGAAGACUCUGUGCAGGCUCUUGAUGUAAUUACACGACACCUUCCUUCUAUGAGAUACACACCUGUGGGCCGCUCCUUCUUCUCUCCUCCAGAAGGUUACUACCACCCUCUGGGUGGGGGUAGGGAGGUUUGGUUUGGAUUCCACCAGUCUGUCAGGCCUGCCAUGUGGAACAUGAUGCUCAAUAUUGAUGUAUCAGCAACUGCAUUUUAUCGUGCUCAACCUAUCAUUGAGUUCAUGUGUGAGGUCUUGGAUAUUCAGAACAUCAAUGAACAAACCAAACCUCUUACAGAUUCCCAGCGUGUCAAGUUUACCAAAGAAAUCAGAGGUCUAAAAGUAGAAGUGACCCACUGUGGUCAGAUGAAGAGAAAAUACAGAGUUUGCAAUGUUACCAGGCGACCAGCCAGCCAUCAGACGUUCCCUCUGCAGUUAGAAAAUGGACAGGCUAUGGAGUGUACAGUAGCUCAGUAUUUUAAGCAAAAGUACAGUCUGCAGCUGAAAUAUCCUCACCUUCCCUGUCUCCAAGUGGGACAGGAACAGAAACACACUUACUUACCACUUGAGGUGUGUAAUAUUGUGGCAGGCCAGCGAUGUAUCAAAAAGCUAACAGACAAUCAGACAUCAACCAUGAUAAAGGCAACUGCCAGAUCUGCCCCAGACAGACAGGAAGAGAUCAGCAGACUAGUGAAGAGUAACAGUAUGGUAGGUGGACCUGAUCCAUAUCUGAAGGAGUUUGGUAUUGUUGUCCAUAACGAAAUGACAGAGUUAACAGGCAGAGUAUUGCCAGCACCAAUGCUGCAGUAUGGAGGCAGGAACAAAACGGUAGCUACACCAAACCAGGGGGUUUGGGACAUGCGGGGGAAACAGUUCUAUGCUGGCAUUGAGAUUAAAGUUUGGGCUGUUGCCUGCUUCGCACCUCAGAAACAAUGCAGGGAAGAUUUGUUAAAGAGUUUUACGGAUCAGCUGCGCAAGAUCUCCAAGGAUGCAGGGAUGCCGAUUCAGGGCCAGCCGUGCUUUUGUAAAUACGCCCAGGGUGCAGACAGCGUGGAGCCCAUGUUUAAACAUUUGAAACUAACUUAUGUUGGCCUGCAGCUAAUAGUGGUGAUCCUGCCCGGGAAGACACCUGUGUAUGCUGAGGUGAAGCGUGUUGGUGACACUCUCCUAGGAAUGGCCACACAGUGUGUUCAGGUGAAGAAUGUGGUGAAAACCUCACCACAAACUCUAUCUAACCUUUGUCUGAAGAUAAAUGCCAAGCUUGGGGGAAUCAACAAUGUGCUUGUACCUCAUCAAAGGCCCUCUGUAUUCCAGCAACCAGUGAUCUUUCUGGGGGCAGAUGUCACUCACCCUCCUGCUGGGGAUGGGAAGAAACCAUCUAUUGCUGCUGUGGUAGGCAGUAUGGAUGGCCACCCUAGUCGCUACUGCGCCACAGUGCGUGUGCAGACCUCCCGUCAGGAGACCUCCCAAGAGUUGCUGUACAGUCAGGAAGUGAUCCAGGACCUGACUAACAUGGUGCGGGAGCUGCUGAUCCAGUUCUACAAAUCCACCCGCUUCAAGCCCACUCGGAUCAUUUACUACCGGGGAGGAGUAUCAGAGGGGCAGAUGAAACAGGUUGCGUGGCCAGAAUUGAUAGCAAUCCGGAAGGCCUGCAUUAGUUUGGAAGAAGAUUAUAGACCAGGAAUAACCUACAUUGUUGUGCAGAAAAGGCAUCACACCAGACUAUUCUGUGCUGACAAAACUGAAAGGGUGGGUAAAAGUGGUAACGUACCAGCAGGCACAACUGUAGACAGCACCAUCACACAUCCUUCAGAGUUUGACUUUUACCUCUGUAGUCAUGCAGGGAUUCAGGGAACCAGCCGCCCAUCUCACUAUCAGGUCUUGUGGGAUGACAACUGUUUCACCGCAGAUGAACUGCAGCUGCUGACUUACCAACUGUGUCACACAUAUGUCCGAUGUACACGAUCAGUCUCCAUUCCAGCUCCUGCAUACUAUGCCAGGCUGGUAGCAUUUAGGGCAAGAUACCACCUUGUGGACAAGGAUCAUGACAGUGCUGAAGGCAGCCAUGUUUCAGGACAGAGCAAUGGCCGUGACCCCCAAGCUCUGGCGAAAGCUGUACAGAUCCACCAUGAUACCCAGCAUACGAUGUAUUUUGCUUGAGAGCAUCUGGGAAGAUGAAGUAGAACCGGCAACCCACGCAGUCCUGAAAUGUUUUGAAAGCCUACUGCUUAUAGUUAGGGCCCAGUUUAUUUCAGACUGCCUAUUACCAGCAGCUCUGAACAUUCGCACUGAAUCUGUACUUCACAGCAACGUCUGAUGCACCAACACAAUUGAGCCAUUUGUUUUGUUAUUUUAAGUAAUAGAAAUUCAUAGACUGUCUCUUCUGAUGCAUUGGACUGAAUUUUUACCUCAAGGCGCAAAAGGCUGAUCACUUUGAAAUUUUUAAAGGACUUGGCAUGAAAGGUUUCUAUUUGAAUAUUUUGCUAGCUAUGGUUUUUAAGUUAUCUUCUCAUCCCAUUCGUUUAUCAAGAUAACUAAUUCCCUGUCUUCACGCACUGCUUAGCGAGCGUGCAUAGAAUGUUCUUCUCCAAUUAAAUGUAAUUGUUCUAUUAUGUGGGGCCAUAGUUUUUUAAUAGCUAUUUUAGACUUCACUACUGUAAAUGCCUUUUAACAAAUAUUAACUUUCACAGGUAUUGCAGUUUUUUGUCAGUUUUCCUAAUUAUCUUUUUAAUCUCUGCAGACUCUGGCUGCAAAGCAAUUGCACUAUACUGCAAAUUGAACUAGGUGGUUCUUGUUCUGUGAAUGUGCAACAUAACCAGAUAGUGGUGAUGCCUGUCACCAGGUUUUAAAUGACAAAUGGUUACACAUAAUACUGCCAUGAUAUGGUAGCAAGUACUGAACCAUCGUUUCCCCCCUUUAAAAAUGACAAAAACAUUAAAAAAAAAAAUUAGCUUUUAGAUAUUUUUCAGACUUUUACAAAAAUGCCCACUUUAUGCUGCUGUGUGGUUUGAUAAAUCUAAGUGAUUUUAAAACUUUUUCUCAUAGAAGGUUUAACUUUUGGCAAUAAAUAUUUCUUUUUUUAAGCCCCCUGACAAUGUAAUUUUCUAGCUGAGGAUUGUGCAUGAGUUUAACCAACAUUCUCGUGUCGUUUUCUGAACACACAAUUUGGCAGUUUCUGAAACCAGUCAGAAAAGACGCACUUCCAUGCUUUUUUUUUAAGAAUUAUUUUUAACUGUUUUAUAGUCACUGUUGGUGUCCUGUCUACCACUUUUUUAUAAGCUUGAGAACUAGGUGUUCUGUGUAGGAAAGGCUUGCCAAUCUGUAUAGUUCUACAUGUGUUGUGUGAUAGCAACCUAAAGGCUUUACCAGCAUUUUAAACUUUUUUUUUUUCCCCCCCAUGGGAAUCUAGGUUGCACACACUACUGCAUUAAACAGCAUGUUUUAAACAAUCGUAAAUCUAAUAUAUUGAUCCUGUCCCAGCCUUGAAAUGUAAGGUAUUUUUAAUUUGCUUGGCUUUUUUUCAACUGAAAUGUGUAAUAAGGAAGAGGGACUUGGUUUCAUUUAAUACUUUUGGAACCCACAAACAUGGUAUGUUAAGACUAGGUUCCUUGUAGGGUUAAUGUGAAUUAGCACAGGCUGAACUCUUAUUCCUAGAUUCAGAAUAGCUACCACCACCACUUUGGAAACUAAGAAGAGUUUGGAAAGUCAACAACAAUUGCACUGUGGUCUCCGACAUUGGUGUGGAGUUUGCUGCUAAAUUGUAAAUUGUCUGCUGUUCCAAAGCUUGGAAACCAGCCCUCUCGAAAGCUUAGCAAUAGGAAAUGCUGUGUUUUUUUGUUUUUUUUUUUUCCUUCGGUCUUUUAAAUAAGCUUGUAAAUAAAUGAAAGUUUACAUUUCUAAAUGCUGUCUUUCAGUUGUACCAGAGUACACUGAAGUUAGUCUUCAAAAUAGUUUUAUAACCUUCUUUCAGAGUUGUAUGUCUCAUUAAAAUGAGUUUAACCUUUCUUUUCUGUUUGAAAAUGGGACUGAGGCAAACUCUGCUCCUGGCACGUAGCGUAGACAGGUUUAGAUAAGAUUGUUUUAAAUUUGUUAAACUUUUUUUUUUCUUUUCUUUAAAGAAUACCUCACUUGUGUAAUAAAAAAUCAGGACGUGGUGGGAGACUGACCGCUGCUUCAGCUAGAUGGCUGCUUUUCAUACUAUUUGUUCAGGGAGAAUACAAAAAAACCCCUUUUAGGAUGAACUUUGACUGACCCAACUUACGGAGAACUUUGGCACCUUGAAAAGAAAUUGAGAGCACCCUUUAGGUGAUAGAUCAAAGAUCUUUGUGUGGAUUUGUGCACUAAGUGAGAAUGGUGACUUACUAGUCAGGGUGCAUAAGAAAGAGACUUAAUUUUUACCACCAGGUAGUUAGUUGUCCAGUGCCAAGCACUCCUAGUUCAGAUUGAGUGAAGUGAGAGCCUCUCCUUCGUAUGCCUGCAAUUAGACUGAAUAUUUGACCUUGAAGUGUACGGACUGUUAGACCUCAGCUAGUCUUGGGAAGUACAGUAAGAAGUUAAACUCUAUUUUGUAUUAAAACAUCACGAAACUCAUCCUGGGAAGGAUACAGUGCUGUACCUUUAAGAAGCAGAGACAAAUGAAGAACAUUUAAGGUGGGAGUUGUCAUUGCAGGGCAGUUGCAAAGCUAGUAACUGCAAGAUGAAAGUUUCAGCAAUACUGUUGUACGCAGUUCUGAAAGCUGGGUCUGGAGGUUGAGCUUGACUAUCUGAAUUAAUCCCUUGGGACUGACUGAAUCGUUAUGCAUGUGUCAAUCAAUGGGAAGAUGUGCAUUCUGUAGAUGUAGUUCUUAGGGUGUUUGGUUUUUUUUUUUUAUAAAUAAAGCCUGUUGGCCACUGUUUAGCUAUGUGGUGUGGAAGAUUUUAAAUGUAGCAAAGUUUAACGCAUUGGGGGAAGGGGGUGGUGGAUAUUAAAGGACAGCAGAAGCCCCAUUUUGGAACCAAUUCCACUUUCUUGGUAAACAAUUGAAUUCUGAACAAGCUCUGGAAAGAACUUGGCCUGUCUCAGACAUUGACAGGCCCAGCUUAUCCUUACUGUAAGUACUAUAAUUUAGCAUAGUGCCUGUAGCUGCAUCCAAAGGGCAUAAAAGGUUGUGAUAUACAGGCAAACAUGAUUCAUGCAGUAUGCAUCUUGUUCCAAACACAAGUGUCAGAGCUUAUUUACUAUAUCAAAAGCUUUGCCCGUCACAUGGGUAAAGGCAUCCUUUUUGUUCAGAUACAGUGUUUAACAAAAUUUUUCCCCCCAAAACUACCUUUGUGGAUGUGCUGUAGGAUUUUUCUUGCUCAAUAGCAAGGGAGUAACUCUACUUUCAUUUUAAGAAAGCAGAGUUUGGAGGGCAUUGUAUCAAUACUGUUUCAACUGCAAGGUUUUUUCCUUGUGAAAUUUGAGGAAAGAUCUUGUAAUAUCACUUACAGGUUUUCUUAUACCUUGCUAUUGACAUUUUCAUAUUUCUAUGUCUAGAGGCUGAAACUUCAAUGUAAAAUGUUUGCAUUUGUUCAUUUUGACUUAUGAUGUAAUUUUUUUGUUUCUAUAUUGUUAGACUUGUAAUGUUUAAAAUUGUAUUUUAUUAAAUUUGGACUGGAUGUAUGUCUAUAGCAAUACGAGGUACUCUUUCUAAACUGUUAUGGGUGGGUUAGCAGCCCCAUGUUGCGAUAAGAUGCUGGUCGUGUACAAUUUGCAAUGUAUUUUUUUUUUUUUUUAGCCUGCAGGGAUAUUUUGUGUUCAUGUGUCCAAAAAAUAAAAAAAAAAUAUUGGCAUUCUUGUGCCAAAUGUUCUGUUUUUCCUUGUUGAUGUCUAAUAAAAAUGCAAUGUACAGA